GCUGCCAAUGCAUUCUUGGCUCAAAGAGUCAGUAGUAUCAAUGCAAUAUCGGCCAUUUGCGAAAAGACUGGUGCAGAUAUUCGGGACGUAUCUCGUGCUGUUGGUGCCGACGCUCGCAUUGGUCCUCAUUUUCUCCAAGCUAGUUUGGGAUUCGGAGGAAGCUGCUUUCGUAAGGAUUUACUAAAUUUGAUCUACAUCAGUGAAAGUUUGAAUUUACCUGAGGUUGCAUCCUACUGGUGCUCGGUGUUGGAACUAAACGAAUACCAACAAACACGUUUCGCUCGUCGUAUUGUGUCUAAAUUCAACAAUACUUUGCAAGAUAAGCGAAUCGCCAUAUUUGGCUUCGCUUUCAAAGCAAAUACUCACGAUACGAGGGAUAGUCAGACGAUUCCGUUAUGUAAUGCGCUUUUGGAUGAAAAAGCAUGCAUUGCCAUUUAUGAUCCGAAAGUUCGUGCGACUCAAAUUGUCAGUGAUCUUCUGGUUGUCAAUUCUGUGGAAACGGUUCAAAAACAGGUCGUGGUCUGUUCGUCGGCCGAGGAGGCGGUUACCAAUGCCUAUGCAAUCGUGAUUUGCACUGAAUGGCCAGAAUUUAAGACUUUGGACUAUAAGCACCUUCUUUCACUGAUGAAUCGACCGUCAGUGAUUUUUGAUGGACGCGUGUUGCUGAACCACAACUAUUUGCAACAAUUGGGUUUUGAAGUCGAGUCGAUUGGAGUAGACACCUCCGUAAAUGUUCAAAAUUUUGUUUCGCACUAA